AUGGUGCCGCUGUGCUUCGAGAAGUCGAUGUGGACAGUGGUGGCCAUGCUGGCCGUGCUCAAGGCCGGCGGCGCCUUCGUGCCGCUGGAUCCCGCCCAUCCACGCAGCCGACACGAUGAGAUUCUUAGCCAGACUAAGGCCAGCGUGCUGCUCACGUCAGCGCAUUACGAAGCACUCUGGCAGCACUCAGAACUUGCUAUAGUCACCGUAAGCGCAGCGUCUAUCACUCUCUUGAACGACGAACCCAGCAUCAGCUCUGCAGCAGCGACUACUCCAAGCAAUGCGGCGUACGUGAUAUUCACGUCUGGAAGUACUGGAAUGCCUAAGGGCGUUGUUAUAGAACACCGAGCACUCGCGACUUGCUGCCGCGAGGGAAAGAGAUUUGGCCUUACACAGCGCACGCGAGCUCUCCAGUUCGCUUCCUACACGUUCGAUGCUUGCAUUGCUGAGAUUAUAACAACACUACUAUUUAGUGGCUGUGUGUGCGUGCCUUCUGAGGCCGAUAGACACGGUAGUCUGUCCCAGGUUGUGAGUGCUAUGAAUGUUAACUGGGCAGUGCUUACACCGUCUGUCGCAAGGCUCCUCGAGCCAACUGAGGUUUCUUGUCUUGACGUAGUAAUACUAGCUGGCGAACAUGUUACUCUGGCAGAUUGGCAGAGAUGGGCUGGCUAUGUUCAAGUAAUAGACGCAUAUGGACCUACAGAAUGCUGCAUCUGCUGUACGGUGUACACAGAUGCUCAACCAUUCAAGUCAGGAAUAAUUGGAAAACCAGUUGGUUCGGUAUGCUGGGUGGUGGACCCUGAGGACUACAAUCAGCUUGUCCCGCUAGGCUUAGUCGGAGAGCUACUAGUAGAGGGUCCUAUCCUUGCGCGCGGCUAUCUCAACGACGCUGAGAAGACGCAGUCAGCUUUUAUCAAUGAUCCUGCCUGGCUAUUAGAGGAUAGAGGAGGCUACCCUGGGCGACGCGGUAGGCUGUAUAAGACGGGCGACCUUGUCCGCUACGACCCUAACGGCAACCUUGUCUACGUGGGCCGCAAGGACAGCCAGGUUAAGGUGCGCGGGCAGCGGGUGGAGUUAGGCGAGGUGGAGCAUCACCUGCGGGAGUUCAUGGCGGAAACGCAGCAGCUGGCGGUAGAAGUGAUCACUCCAGGAGGCGAGAAAGAGAAUGCAGCGCUGGCGGCCUUCCUGCAGCUGGACGACAAAAGUGAGGAAGAUGACGGAGCGCAAGACGCGCCAGUAGCUAGCGAGCCAGGCGAGCCCGAGAUGCUGGUACGGGUAGUGUUUCCGCGAGAGGUGGAGGAGCAGAUGCUCAAAAGGCUGCCUGGACACAUGGUGCCAAGCGUAUACCUUGCUGUCGGGCAGCUGCCGAUGACAGUGUCUGGUAAGACGGACAGGAAGCGGCUGCGCGAGAUCGGGGCGUCGUUCUCGGCGCAGCAGCUAGCAGAGCUGCGGACGGCGAGCGAGGGCGCCAAGCGAGCGCCGACGACGGAAGCGGAGCGGACGAUGCAGCAGCUGUGGGCGGGGGUACUGGGCGUCGCCGCGGACAGCAUCGGGCUGGACGACAGCUUCUUCCGCCUGGGCGGCGACUCGAUCGCGGCGAUGAAGCUGGUGGGCGAGGCGCGCAGGCACGGCGUGCAGCUGACCGUCGCCGACCUCUUCCGCCAUCCCACGCUUGCUCAGAUAUCUCUGGCCGGUCUAGCCUCCCCCGACAGCUCACCACAGCCAGUUCUACCGUUCUCCCUUCUCCCACUCACCAUCAAGGAUAGUAUUCUCUCCCAAAACGUCCUUCUAGAGAGCUCUAUUCAGCAGCAACACGUGGCCGACAUCUUGCCCACCACCCACGUGCAGCGCCUCUUUGUCAAUUGGGGUAUCGAGUCGCCCCGUGAAGCUUUCAACUACUUUUUUCUCGAUAUCGGACCGCAGCUGGAUGCACAGCUACUCCACGACAGCUGUCGUAUACUUGUCGACCACUUUCCAAUCCUCCGCUCGCAGUUCGUCUCCUUUCACGAGCAGCUUUGGCAGGUUAUUCUGCUACGCCCUCAACUACAUUUUACCACGUUCGAAGUCAACGGAUCCCUGUCUGAGGCCACGCGCAGGAUCUGUCUAGAAGACAUCCAGAAGACUAAUCCACUCGCGCUUCCGACUUCGUUCACGCUGUUGCGAGACAAGUCGGUCGGUCAUCGCCUGAUCGUUCGUCUUUCGCAUGCUCAGUACGACGGUGUGUGCGCUCCCGUCAUCCUCAGGACCCUGGCCGCGCUGUACGCACAAGAGACUCCGCCCAUCACUCCGAGCUUCUCAACCUAUCUAGCGCACACCCGUACUCAGCGCGAAGCGUCGGCGCGCUACUGGCGAGAACUUUUGAAAGGCUCGCGCAUGACCAGGGCGACUGUGCGCCUUCGCCCAAAGGCAGGUGGGCUGCCUGCCCUUGACAACAUCAAGGUUGAAAGGGUAAUCCGCACUCCUCGACUUCCCCACAACGUCACCAUGGCCUCACUGCUCAGCUCGGCUUGGGCGCUGGUCCUCUCGAGCAUCACGGGCGAAGAAGAUGUCGUCUACGGACACACAGUUGCCGGCCGCAACUCCGACAUCCCAGGUAUCACUGAGAUCGUUGGACCUUGCUUGAACGUUGUGCCAGUCAGGGUCCGCAUACAGCCAGCAAAGACACCGGCAGAUCUCAUCCGCUACGUCCACGAGCAGCAUGCAUCGCUUGGACAGGCGGACUCGGCACAGCUAGACGAGAUCGUCCGCGAAUGCACAGACUGGCCUGCUGGGUCGGAGUUUGACUCGGUAGUGCAGCAUCAGAACAUCGACGAGCACCCUGGCGUCUGCUUUGCGGGAGCAAAGACAAAGGUUCAAUGGUUCGACAACCCUUUCUGGAUAGCGCGGCAGCUGUACUUCUUCUCGCUCCCACAAGCCGAUCAGCUGAAGCUUACAGUCGCUGGCAACACGCACAUCCUGACAGCCGAGGCGGCACACUCUAUACUUGACAUACUCGCUGCAACGAUAGCAGAGCUGUCGCAGAACAUGGACGAUCCGCUUACUUUGUCCAGAUUUCCCUUUCCUUUGUGUCUUUAA